AUGGAUCAGGGCCGUUCAACAGGUACCCUGCAGCCUGGCGAUGCCGGGCUGAGAGAACGAAUUGCUUCGCACCUUGAUUCAACUGGAGGCCGCGAUGCUCUUAUCCAGCAUGGGGAGGUGGAGCCGACCGGAGAGAAGGACCAGAAGACUUAUGGACGCACCCCCGAUGGAACAGUCUUUACUGUACCCCAAACCCAUGACAUGGUCUCCCAGCUCCUGUCUCCUUCAGAACCCAAGAAUGUCUCCGAUGCAGUCGUUCUAGUGCUCCUUGCUGCGCAUAUCUCGUUGCUCUGGUUGUUGCCCACCAGCACUCAAAUCCCCGUAUUUGCAGCCAUCUAUGCCUUCUGGCGUGCGGCAUACAAUGCUGGCAUUGGAUGGCUACUUCACAACCAGUCCCACCAUAAAAUCAUGAACCGCUGGGCUGAGAAGACGAAGAUCUUCGUCAAUCCGGCCACUGGAGACAACCCACAUCCUGCGCUGUACCGCUGGAUUAAGCGAGAGCUGGAGACCAAAAUUCCCCAUGACUACUCGUUCGAGAAAGCACCCCUUGAAUACAACACCUGGCUGGUGUUCAGGCGUCUGGUGGAUAUAAUCCUGAUGUGUGAUUUCACCUCCUACUGCCUCUUUGCAAUAGCUUGCGGACACCGUCCUACCGACGAGUCCACCCUCAUGACUGUCCUUCGAUGGACUGCCGGUAUUCUGCUGGUGCUGUUCAACCUGACUAUGCCUGGUACUGGGGGGGACUUCUUCUACCUCAUCGACCAAGAACUGACCUUUGAUGGAGUCUUCGAGAUGGCACCCCAUCCCAUGUACUCGGUUGGCUAUGCGGGCUAUUACGGCAUCUCUCUGAUGGCCGCUAGUUAUAAAGUACUUCUUAUCUCUAUCCUGGCCCAUGCAGCUCAAUUCGCCUUCCUCGUGCUCGUUGAAAACCCACACAUCGACAAGACUUACAACCCGCCACCACCCCGAAAGCGCUCAGUCUGUGUGGAAUCGACCCCUAGCCUCUUGGAACCAGAAAGCCCCAAUGCAGCGAUAUCCACUGAAGAACUACCGCCCUAUGCGACUUCGACUUCAUCGUACUCAGCUAAGCCACCACCAUCGGUCCACAACCUCCUGGGGUUGAAUAACCUGGACCUCUAUAGAACGGCUGAUUCUUCCAUCCUUUUGAUACAGGUAUUAAUGUUUGCAUUGACUGCCUUGACCCCCUCUACCCCUACCUAUCAGUUUUGGUUCGUGGUCAACGCGACUCUCUGGCGCCUAUGGUAUUCUGUAGGUAUGGGGUACCAGCUGGACAGACAGUCGAACAACAAGACUUGGACUCGACAUUUCCUCAAGUAUGGCGAGACCCCCCAAGAGGCGUGGAACCAGUGGAAAGGGAAUUACCACCUGAGUAUGGUCAUGUGCUAUGCCAGCUUCAUCGCGGCAGUAUGGAAGCUGUACACCAUCCCGGCCGAUUGGAACUACGGUCUUGUACUGUUCCGACACGUCCUGGGCGCAGGCUUGAUCAUUCUGCAGAUCUGGACCUCAAUCAGUGUCUAUGAUUCUCUUGGCGAGUUCGGCUGGUUUUAUGGAGAUUUCUUCUUCGAUGAAUCUCCAAAGCUAACCUACAAUGGAAUCUAUCGUUUCCUCAACAAUCCAGAGCGUGUAUUGGGUCUAGCUGGCGUGUGGGGUGCGGCUAUUAUCACAAGCAGUGGUGCAAUUACCUUCCUGGCUGUUCUCAGCCACAUCUUGACUCUGGCUUCGAUCCAAUUCGUGGAGCGCCCUCACAUGCAAAAGCUGUACGGUCGCAGCUUGCGCCAGGAUGGCGGCGUCGUCAAAAACCUUAAGAAGUCCCUCCCGUCCUCUCUCAAGCAGCUACACGGAAGCAUGGACAGAAUGUUUGACGAGUCCUUCGACUUCAUCGAAGAUCUUCUCGAUAACGCCCGCCCGAAGCUAGCUGCCGGAGUCAAUACGUUUGUCAAGGAUACCACAGCUCUAUUCCAGAAAUACCCAGCCCGAAUCACCAUCUCUCGCAUUGAUGCCGACGUGGCCGGGUACGACCUCCAUGAUUACUCAUUGACCGUUGAAGGUACCGAGACCAAGCCGGUUCAGGAAACCGAGCAAGGCAAAGGCCGUGAAGGUGCCAAUGCACAAUUGCCGCUCGAUCGCCGCGGUGACCUCAAGAACUUGACCUUCGAAUACGGCUCUCCCAUCAACGUCAAGUGGACUGCUCCCCUCAACCAUAGCAAGAAGGAUUGGAUCGGCCUUUAUCGUGUUACCGAUAACACGUCCCGUGAAGUCACCCGUGUCUCGUCGCAGGGGCGCUGGCUCGCAACCAACCGUGCAGCCUAUGACAACUUGACAUGCGAGAAAGGUAUCAUCUCCAGUGACGUGGUGGUCAAGUCCUCCCGCGAGCAGAACCGCUCAAGCCACGAGAUUGCCUCGGGCGAGGUCGUAUUCACUGGCGACCAGCUCUUCUGGACCGAGGGUACAUUCGAGCUGCGUUACCACCACAAUGCUUCGCAUAACGUCAUGGCCAUCUCUCGGCCCUUCGAGAUCCGCAUCCAUCACUUCGACGAGGUCGAAAGCCCCGAGUUUGAAGGCAUGCAGGUUGCCGUGGAGAAGGCUCUUUUGCCAGUUGUCCAGAACUGUUUUGACCGCGACCCCGAGAUUGCGCCUGAAACCGUCGAUGAGCAGUUUGGCGGUCUUGUGGAGCGCCAGGGCAAAUUUGCAAAACGAGUCGUGUUUGCUGUCCAUCAAAUGUUUGGUGUGGAAUUGGCCCCAGAAGUCGUCAAAUCCGAUGGCAAUGUUCGGAAUUUGGCAUGGAGAAUUUGUAAUGCGAAGAGAGUUCUUGCGCCUUACAGCAUGUCGCGCUCGAGCGGCACCACAACGCCUGUCGACGGUGGCAAGGAAGAAUAA